CCCCCGCCCUGUCCAUCUCUCCUCCUUCCCAUCAUGCUCAAGCGCGUCCUUCCACGCCCAGCUAUCAUAUCUCGUACACGUCUCGCACCCCCUCUCGUAUUCCGUCAACAUCGUGCAAUGUCUGCUUCUACCGCCGAGUCUGCAGCUCGUCCUGAGCCGGACCAGGUCCUCAAGGACAUUGCAUCUUAUGUUCAUCACUAUGAUGUCACAUCUCCCCUUGCUUGGGAGACAGCCAGGCUGUGCUUGAUUGAUACUAUGGGAUGUGGGCUGGAGGGACUGAGAUUCGAGGAGUGCAACAGACUCAUGGGGCCCGUGGUCGAGGGGACUGUAGUGCCGAACGGCACCAAAGUCCCCGGUACUUCCUAUCAAGUCGACCCCGUCCGAGGCGCAUUCAACAUCGGCACCCAAAUCCGGUGGCUGGACUACAACGACUGUUUCCUCGCCGCAGAGUGGGGUCACCCUUCCGAUAACCUCGGAGCGAUCCUUGCCGUCGCCGAUCACCUAGCGCGCAAGGGCCAGCCGCUUACAGUGAAGCAGGUGCUGGAGGGUAUGAUCAAGGCCCAUGAGAUUCAGGGGUGCCUUGCGUUGGAGAACGCCUUCAAUCGGGUUGGGCUCGAUCAUGUUGUCUUGGUCAAGGUUGCCAGUGCCGCAGUGGUUAGCAAGAUGCUCGGCCUGUCCGAAGCCCAAACCAUCGACGUCGUCUCGCAAGCCUUUGUCGACGGGCAGUCCCUGCGUACCUACCGUCAUGCACCCAACACCGGUUCCCGCAAGUCCUGGGCAGCCGGUGAUGCCUGCUCGCGCGCCGUGAACCUCGCCCUCCUCGUGCAGAAGGGCGAGAUUGGUCUGCCCUCAGUCCUGACCGCCAAGACUUGGGGGUUCUACGACGUCCUCUUCCGCGGCGAGCCGUUCAAGUUCCAGCGGCCCUAUGGCAGCUACAUCAUGGAGAAUGUGCUGUUCAAGAUCUCCUACCCGGCAGAGUUCCAUGCCCAGACAGCGGUGGAGUGUGCCAUGGUCGUACAUGAAGAGCUGAAGGCGCUCGGGAAGACCAGUGAUGAUAUCAAGAGUGUGAGGAUCAGGACUCAGGAAGCGGCCAUGAGGAUCAUCAACAAGGAAGGCCCGUUGGACAACUUUGCUGACAGAGACCACGCAAUCCAGUACAUGGUUUGCUACCCGCUCAUUCACGGUCGCCUCACCACCGCCGAUUACUCAGACAUCGCCGCCUCUGACCCUCGGAUCGAUGCCCUCCGCGCAAAGACCUACUGUGUCGAGGACACGCGCUAUUCCACAGACUAUCAUGAUCCCGAGAAGAGGAGCAUCGGGAAUGCCCUCCUUGUAGAGCUGGAGGAUGGGCUAGUCUUGCCCGAAGUGGCGAUCGAGUAUCCCGUGGGGCACAAGAGGAGGCGCGAGGAAGGCACGCCUCUCCUCAUGGACAAGUUCAAGCGCCACAUUGGCCACUGGUUCACCCCCGAACACCAGCAGACGAUCCUCACUGCGGUUGGAGAUCUCAGCACCCUCGAAAAGAUGCCUGUUGACAAGUUCACCGAUCUGUUUGUGAAGCAGUAGGAGCUGCAUAAAUCGAAAUGAGAAAAUUGGGCUUGUCAUUGCAUGUAUUGUGAUCUGCUAAAUGGAAUCCUAUGCAUAUUGUCC